UUGAUUUAAAAAAUGUCAGUGAUGAAGAAGAAAAAACGAUGUCUGAUGUUUUACAAAAGUUGUUUGAAGAGGUCAUAAAUCAGAACAAUGAUCUCAAAUCCAGCAUACCGCCCAAUUCAUAUGCUAGACUAAGAAAGGCAGUCGAUAAAACAUUUCAGCUAUUUCUAUCUAAAGGAUGGAGAAUCAUACGCGCUAAACAUGAAUGCAUACAACUACAUAUAAGAUGUAGCAAUUUUAAAUUGCUUGCCGACUUGUUUAGGGAACAUACUAAUGGAAAAAUCCACAACCAUCAAACAGAUUUAAAUGAAGCAUUAGCCGAAUGUGUCAAUGGAGGAAAGUCAUACAUUGAAACUAUUAUUUAUAAAGGCGAGUUUUGGAAUGUUUUGGACAAAUCAAUCUCAUUCGUCGAUAUAUAUUUAUCGGUUCUCAACAUCGACGUUGCAAAGCAAAAUGAUAACGUGCAACCACUCCAUAAAGACAGGAGGGCUACAUUAUCGUUAACAGCUCAAAAUAUAAAGUCUGAAAACAACGCAUCCUUUGAGCGAGACACUCAAUUUAUGUCAAAUAAAAUCUAUUCCCUAUUGUUAUAUGACGGUUAA